CCCACGCGCACACACACCCACGUUGGAUCCCAUCUCUCUCGUCUUCCUCGAUCCCCUUUCUCCACCCCACGCCGCCACCAGAUUUCGGCGAUCCCCGCCGUUCCCCACCGCCCAGCUCUCCUCCCCGAGGUCACCUCUCCCUGCUCACCAUCUCCACCGACCGGUUUCUCUCCUCGCCCAGGAGAGUCCCGCCUCCUCGCCGCCAAGGCCGCCGCCGCCCGCCGCCUCGAGCGGCGCCGCCUCCUCCUCGAGCACCGCGCUGUAGACCUCGCCUCCCGCGCCCUUGCCGCCCGCGCUGGCAUCGACGCCACCCACGCGCGCCGCCUCGCCGUCACCCGCGACAUCAGCUCGACCAACGGCGAGAUCGAGGACGCGCAGCAGAAGGCGGAGGAGUGGGACCGCUUCUACGAGUCCAAGAGGAAGGAGAUGGAGGAGUUCCGGCCGUCAUCUCCACAGCCUCCAUCCACCCCGGCUGUAGCCACUUCUCAAUCCCACGAGCAGCCUCCUGGC